AUGGCGCCGUAUCCGCUCGCGCUGGCGGGCUAUGUGGUCGUUGGGGCUGAUUAUGCGGGGUUGGGGGUUGGGAGAAGCGCGGACGGAAAGGAGGAGAUAUGCCAUCCAUACGGCGCGAGUGCCGCGCAGGCGGCCGAUGUGGUCUACGCGGUCCAAGCUGCACGCGCGGCGUUUCCGGUGUUGGGGAAGCAGUGGGUUGUGGUGGGACAUUCGCAGGGAGGAGGUGUGGCGUGGGCGGUUGCGGAGUGGAUGGCAAGAGCGGGAGAAGAGGAGGAGGCAAUGGAGGGGUAUUUGGGGGCAAUCCCCAUCGCGCCGUUGACGGAUUGUCUUGAUUACGAAGAACGUGGAGACAGGAGGAAUGAGAUCGUGGCGAUGUAUGCUGCGCGCACGGCGGAGAUGGUUUAUGGUAAGGAGAGAACGGGGGAGGGGUUCAGCGCGCGAAAAGAGAUCUUCACGGAAGAAGGCUGGAGAAGGUUAGAGUUGGAAUUGGACCAUGGGGUUUUCAUCGCUGUGUUGGUGGAGUUGUUGAAAGGGCCCGGUAUGCUGAGGGAGGGCUGGAGGGAGAAUGAGACGUUGAAGAGGUUUGUGCGGGAGACGAAAGUCGGGGCACGGGAGGUUAGGGGGCCGAUGCUUAUUGUGCAGGGAGAGGAGGAUCCUGUUAUUCAAGUGGAGACGACGGCGAGGGCGGUGGAGGAGAUGGUUAGGUUGAGUCCUGGGGCGGAGGUCAAGUUUGUGGUUUUUAAAGGGUUGGGUCAUGAUGCUGUGCUUUAUGCGUCGCAGAGGCUGUGGCUUGGGUGGAUUGGUGAGAGGUUUUUUGGGAGUGAUCGGAGGGGAGGGAGUGGAGGUAGUAGGGGGGAGGGAAAGGAGGGGUUGGAGAAGGUUGUACUGGGGAUGGGGGAGACGCCGAGGCCGUUAAAUGCGUAUCAGCGUGAGCCGAAUUGGGUUAUUAAGACGGUUACUGAAUCUUGGGAGAUAUUGUAG